UUGCUGGCUUCAGACUGAGUCGCAGCUUCAAGGAAGGAAGGGAUCAUAAGAGGACUCGAAGGACUAGCUACAGAACAAAUUGUGCUUAAGUCGGCCACCGAUAACUACAAUUUCUGUUUUAAAUUUAUAUUAAGAAAUCCGAAAAGUGUAUAGUUUCAACUACGCGGGUGUUUGGUUUGUGUGCAAAAAUGCCUUCAGAAAAAACCUUCAAACAAAGAAGGACAUUUGAGCAGAGGGUAGACGACGUGAGGCUGAUCCGAGAGCAGCACCCCAACAAGAUCCCAGUGAUCAUUGAGAGGUACAAGGGAGAGAAGCAGCUUCCAAUCCUGGACAAGACCAAGUUCCUUGUCCCCGACCACGUCAACAUGAGCGAACUCAUCAAAAUCAUCAGGAGGCGCCUCCAGCUGAACUCCAACCAAGCCUUCUUCCUGCUGGUGAACGGGCACAGCAUGGUGUCCGUGUCCAGCCCCAUCUCCGAGGUGUACGAGCGCGAGAAGGAUGACGACGGCUUCCUCUACAUGGUCUACGCUUCCCAGGAGACAUUCGGAACCCCAGCCGACCAAUGAGACUCCGUCCCGCCGACACCUGGCCAGCGAUUGGACAAUGAUACUAUGACUACCAUUCCCCCUCCUGUGAUUUUCUGACUCCCUUCCUUUCCCCCUUCAAACCCAACCCAGCCCCCCUCCAUUCCUGCUUGCUGUAAACCCCUUGCCAAGACUUCAAGGAGCUGAUAGGUGCCCUCUUCUUCAUGCUUCAAGACCUUUUGUAGAAAUGAGAAUAGUUCUGCUUUCCUAACCAGCCCUGCCUCUGUCCCCCACCCCACCCCCCUCUACCCCAACCAACCCUCCCUGUCUCAGCCCACACCCCUUCCAACCCAUCACCCCCCUUUUCUCCCCCAGCCAGCCCCCACCUUUGACCCUCCAUACACUUGAUCUUACGUUGUCCUCUUAAGGUGUCUUGCUCUGUUGAUGGAGUAGAAUAGCAAAAACACGAUUGGCUGUUUAGAUUCCUACCUCAGUCAGUCGUUUAAAGCCAUGUUUGGGUCCUACUUCCAGCGGUCUGCGUUGCGUCCAGCCCGAGACAUCCCCAGUGUGCAGUAGUGUUGGGUGAGCUUGCUGUGAAAAGGGCAGGAGGAACUAAAACAAACUGCUUAGGAACCUUCAGGGGUCCUUUAAGAAUCUCCAGUUUGAAUCUUCUCUAAUGCUCGUCAGUGCCAGGGCAUGUGAUCAUACAGUGGCGUCUGUCGGAAUGACUAAGGCUUAGGUCUUUAACGCCAUAAAGGAAUUUUUGUUUCCACUUCCUCGUUGUGUACUGUUUCAUCCAGGCAAGCUGUAGUUUCCUUUCACCACCCCUGUUCAGCUCAGCUCAUGGGAUGACCUACUAAGUUCUUUGGUUUUGUUUAGAUGUAGCUCCUUAUUAAAGCAUCCAUGAUCCUUAUCAGUUAGUUUGUUUUCCCACCUGUUUCCCGCCACGUGGAACUUCAGGAGGGGACUGCUGCUUGCUAUGCUUCUAGAAUCUUGCGUGAUGAUUGUAGAGAGAUUUAAGCCUCAGUGUACAGAUAGAAUAAUUACUUCUGAAUUUAUAAAUCUAUGAUGUUGAACACUACGAUGAAGAGCAUGACUGAUGGAGAAAUCAGUGAUGCGGACGAUAUAAGGAGACUUAACAGAUUUUAUGAUAGGAGAAGGGAGGGAUGGAUCAGGAACUCUUUUUAAUACUCGAUAAAAAAAAACCUUUGUCCUCCCCCCCUUUCUUAGUAAACACAAGGAAUAACUAAACCCCUGUCUCGUCACAUGACUAAUUUUGGUAGAAUUGGUCCAAACCAGCUUGCUGCUGCAAAGUGUAAACCUGCCUAGCCAGUUCAGAUCUGCUAUCCCUCCUUCCUCCUCAUUCCCCCUUGAUGAGUGCUGCGUUAGGCUUCACUGUCACACCCUCUGUUUGGGAUGUCACAUCCUGUCACACCCUCUGUUUGGGAUGCCUUUUAGAAGGUUUGGCUAAAAGGUUAGCGUUGCAUUUACACCUUUAGAAUGUGCUGUCCCUCUCCCUGCUCCACUUCCUUGCAUCUCUUUUUCAAUCCUCUAAACAACAUAAACGUUUAGAUGCUUUUUGUUUUGGUCACAGUUUUUUUUUCUUUUCUCAGUUUUCCUUUUGCUCUUUUUAUUUAUGUGAUAUUUUAUUGUAAAAUAUGUGUCCAUAACCAACCUCUGGGCGUUCUAAACACGGUCCUUUAUGGAGAUGUGAUUUAGGGUUGUAAUAACAUUGUCAUACAACGUGUUGUAGUGAAGGGGUGGCUCAAUGUUCCUGGAACAGCCAUCACCCCCUGUUGAUGCCCUCAGUCUUCAUAAUUACAGCAAUAUUACACAACCUCUUCCUGUAUUUAUGUUGCUAUUUUAUGAAUAAAAUACAUUAAAACAGUA